AGUUAGUAGUGGGAGUGAGUUGGACGAAGGUGGUGUUCUCUCCUGCGUGGGAUCGACCCAACCGUGGAAAAGGGAAAAGGUUCCUUGAGACCAUUUACUUUUAUUUUCUGUGUUGCGCGCUUGGUCUGCUUCGGCGUGAUCCAAAUUAGCCGUCAAGUCAAUCGACGGUCUGAGAAGACAAAUCGUUAACUCUCUCCCGCUGCAGCGAGUGGGAGGUAGCAGAGAUAGGAAGAGACUUCCAUAAACCUCUCCUCUCGCUCUCAUUCACAGUCGCGACUUGGGAGCGCUAGGAUCGCGAGCUGAACUGUCCUAUCGCAUUUAAGCUCUGGUGAUACUAGCAGGCCGUGCCACCGCUUGGCAGUCGAUCUCGUUCGUCCACCAGAACUGGGUAGGCACUCAUAUCAAGAGCGCACCUGUCCAGGUGAAGUGACUGAAGCGUUGAGACGCACGUGAACUACGUCAGGCCAGGGAAACAUUCUUUCCUUGCGUUUUUCUUUCUUAUUUAAAUUUCUCCUUCGCCACCGAGAGAUAGCCAUCGGCUAGCUUACUAUACCCAAGCCAGGAGGGAGUGCGUGUCCUUGACAGCCUCGUCCAUUCCGUACUUUCAUUUCUUCCCUGGACCCAGGUAAAAAGAGGAAACCGUCAACAUGCCUGAUGAGAAGCUGGUUACCUUAUUUGAUGUCUCUAAGCACCCUGAGUACACCGAAGAGGAGCUGAACAACCUGUACAAGCUUUUCUGCCGGUAUGCCACCCCCAGCACCAAGAAGGGCUCCAUCUCCCUGGACAGCUUCAAGAAACUGCUGGAGUCUCUGGAGUUGACCCAGACCCACCUGGAAGCGAAGGAGACCUACGACUCCAUCUGCAAGGAUGGAAAAGUUACCCUGGACGAGUUCAUGAAGCUUGUCAAAGAGCUCACAGCCAAGACGGGCAAGAUCAACUUAGAUUUGGUGGUAAAACUGGCCGCCCAAGAAGAAGUCAACGUGGAUGACGUAGGCGUGGGCGGAGCGAAGAGAUUCUUCGAGGCGAAGGCGCGAAUCCUCGAGGUGGGAGACGCUGCCUACAGGGCCUUCGAGGACAGAAAGAAAGAGGAAGAGGAAAGGAAGAAGAGGCAAGAGGAAUUCAAGAAGAAGAGGGAGCAGUUCCAGGCCGCUGCAUAGGAUUCGAAAAAGUGAAGAGACAAACCUUGUACAAGAAUGAAAUGUCAUCGUUGGGAGAUUUGCUCAUGGCAGUCAACAUGGCGUGUCUUUUUUUUUCCAUAAAAUUCGUAGAGAUCGAACGUUCUUAGACGACCUAUUCAGUC